AUGAGGAGGAGAAUGUAUGAAGUCAAUGGCAUAGGCCGCGUCAAUGCUAAAGUGGAUGCACUUACUCAAAAGAUUGAAAGUUUGGCCAUAACACCAGCAGCUACCGUAGCUGCUAUAACACCAAACUGUGAAUUAUGUGGAGCCCUUGGGCACACUAAUGCUGAAUGUCAGUUAUUGGCUGGCGUACCCACCGAUCAGAAAGGAGCCCCUGUUGCUCCACAAGCAAAGUCAAACUUGGAGAUCAUGAUGGAAAACUUUAUAAAUACCCAAGCUCAACAAAAUAAAGAAUUUUCAAAUCAAAACGCUCAUACGAGUGAACUGAUGAAACAAUUGUCAAAUAAGUUUGAUGCUAUGGAUACCCAUAACAAGAUGUUAGAAACCCAGAUCUCCCAAGUAGCCCAACAACAAGCCGCAAUAGCAGCCCCAGCUGGAGCAUUCCCUGGUCAACCUCAACCAAACCUAAAAAGCCACACUAACACUAUCACACUUAGGAGUGGAACAGAACUAGAUGAACCAACUGACCCAAGAAUUCAAAAUUUGGCCAUGUACCAAAAUUAUUGUAAAGGAUCCGAAAAAGUAAAUGAACCAACCGAUGAUGGAAAGAAAUACGAGAGUGGAAAGGAAAAAGAUAAAGAACCACCUUAUGUGCCUCCACCACCAUACAAACCACCUGUACCUUAUCCCCAAAGGCUUGCCAAAUCCAAAAAUGAAGGACAGUUCAAGAAAUUCGUGGAACUUCUAAAGCAACUGAACAUAACCAUACCAUUAACAGAAGUCAUUACUCAAAUUCCUUCAUAUGCUAAAUUACUUAAAGAGAUUCUAUCCAACAAGAAAAAGCUUGAAGAUGAUGAAACUGUUAUGCUUACUGCAGAAUGCAGCGCUAUCAUUCAAAAUAACAUGCCUCAUAAACUGAAAGACCCUAGUAGUUUUUCCAUACCAUGCAGAAUCAGAAAGUUUAUCAUAGACAAAGCUUUAUGUGAUUUAGGAGCCAGUGUUAGUUUAAUGCCCUUAUCCACAUGCGAAAAACUAAAUUUGGGAGAAUUAAGACCAACAAAGAUGUCUCUACAACUAAUUAACCGCUCUGUCAAAUAUCCAAUAGGCAUGCUAGAGAACGUUCCCAUUCGCAUAGAACAAUUCUACAUUCCAACCGACUUUGUGAUAAUAGAUAUAAAAGAGGAUUCCCACAUCCCUAUUAUUCUACGAAGACCCUUUUUAGCUACAGCCGAAGCCAUCAUAGAUGUGAAGAAAGGAAAACUAACAUUCGAAGUUGGAGAAGAAAAAGUUGAAUUUCUCUUAGCUAAAUUCCUAUAA